CAGAUUUCCUUCGGUUUCACGCAUUCCUGAGCAAUCGCGGAGACGUUGCAUCGUAAGGCGUGUACAGUCGUGGUUGUCAGCCUGGGCUGUCACAAGCGUUUGAAUGGAUCGCGGCAGAUGCCACUCCCAGCAGUUUGUUGUCGCUCGUAGGCAGAACUUUUGAGGGUUGAAUGUUUGAAUGCAGGCGGCGUUUUGUAUGAAAGUUAGUUUUGAAAGAGCUGGUGGGGCAUUUAAAGCAGUUCGCUGCUCGAGUGCUGAACUUUUCAUUGAAGAAGUACAAGUUGUAAAGAGGGAUUUUUUUUUAAAUAAAUAAACUCAUCGACACAGAAGUAUAAGCGACGCAAAUUUCACCCACGCUAAAUUCCACCGACAGUCAUUGUUCUCAAAAUUCAACAUUUUCUACCGAAACAAACGUAGAUUUUUUUUCAUUUUGAGAAACCCAGCAAUUGCUUUCCAGUUGAUUGGCCCCAGCAACUCAAACCAUCUCAUUCAACAUGGCUGCUGGAAUGCUCAUGCCUUUGGACAAGCUGAGGUCCAUCUACGAGGCCCUCUUCCGCGAUGGGGUCAUGGUGGCCAAGAAGGACCGCCGGCCCGACAGCAUCCACCAGGAGCUCGUCGGGGUCACCAACCUCCAGGUGUCGCGCGCCAUGGCCUCGCUCGAGUCGCGCGGCUUCGUGCGGGAGACCUUCACGUGGCGCCACCACUACUGGUACCUGUCCAACGAGGGCAUCGGUUACCUGCGAGACUACCUGCACCUGCCGCCCGAGAUUGUGCCCGUGACGCUGCACCGCGUCCGUCAGCCGCUGCCGGCCUCCCUCCCGGGCCGUCGGCCGCAGACCGGGCCGCUGGGCGCCGGACGGGGACGGGGCACGGCCAAGGCCUACGGAGGGGACGACCGCGAGAACUACCGCUCGGGCACGCAGGCCCAAGCGCAGGCAAGGGCCAUCCCCGAGGGGAAGGACGGAGGGGCGAGCGUGAGGAAGGUGGAGAGCGCCGGGCUCGGCUCCGCGCAGAGCUUUGAGUUCCGGGGCGGCUACGCACGCCCGGGCCGUGCCAGCCUGCCACCCGCAAAGGCGGUGGAGGAUGACGAUGAGCGUGAGCGCGUGCAGAAGAAGACCUUCACAAAGUGGGUCAACAGUCACCUGAUCAAGUCCAAGCGACAGGUGAACGACCUGUACGAAGACCUGCGCGAUGGACACAACCUCAUCUCGCUGCUGGAGCUGCUGUCCGGGGAGAUGCUGCCCAGGGAGAGAGGCAGCAUGCUGGUGCACAAGAUGCAGAACAUCAAGAUCGCCCUGGACUUCAUGCAAAGACGCCAAAUCAAGCUGGUGAACAUCCGUAGCGAUGACAUCGCAGAGGGAAACCCCAAGCUCACCCUGGGGCUCAUCUGGACCAUCAUCCUUCACUUCCAGGUGUCUGACAUCCAGGUGGGGGAGCAGCAUCGGGACCUGGGCGCGAAGGAGCGCCUCCUGCUGUGGGUGCGUCGCGUUGUGCAGGAGUACCCGGACUUGCGCUGCGACAACUUCACGACUUCGUGGCGCGACGGCAGACUCUUCAACGCCAUCAUCCACCGCCACCGACCCGACCUCCUGGACAUGAAGAAGGUCUACCAGCAGAACAAUCAGCAGAACUUGGAGCAGGCCUUCAGCCUGGCCGAGCAGAACCUGCGAGUCCCACGCCUGCUUGACACCGAAGAUGUCGAUGUGAAAUCUCCUGAAGAGAAGUCGGUGGUGACUUACGUGGCCGCCCUUUACGAGGCCUUCCCGAAGAUCCCAGCGGAUGGCAUCACGAUCUACGAGGUUGACAAGAAAUGGAAGGAGUACGAAACCAAGAUCAGCUUCCUGCUCUCCUGGAUCAAGGAGAAGAUGCAGAAAGUGGAGAGCCAGGGCAGCACCAUGAGCCAAGAGGAGCUCAAGGAUUUCCAGAUUCUGUUGCUGCAGCUGAAGGAGAAAGACAUUCCCGGCAGAGACGGGGAAAAAGCCAGCAUCGAGAAACUGUACAAGGCAUUGCAGGUUUGGAUCAAUUUUGGUCGGAUAAAGGUGGCCCCUGGUCAGUCCCCGGCAGAUGUGGAAAAGGAACUGGGGAAGUUGGUCAAGGUCAUCCAAGCGGGGGAGAUGAAGGCUCAGCAGGAAGCCUCCAGGCUCGGCAAAUUCGCCGCUGCAUCUAAGCCUGCUGCUGGCCCCGUGGACGAGAUAAAGGUCAUCCAGGCACAGUCAGUGCAGGCACCGCUGAUGCAGUUCCAAGAGCAAGUCAAGAUCCCGGCCGAUAUUGCGACCAAAGCCAAGGCGGCACAAGCGGAGGCCAAGGCGAAGGCUCAGCGAGAGGCCAAGGAGAGGGAAAGAGUUGACCAAGAAGCCAGGGCGUUGGCAGAAGCCAUAGGAAGGGAACAACUAGAAGCCAAGGCAAAGGAGGCGGAGGCUCGAGCCAAAGCCCAGGAGGAGGCAAAAGCAAAGGCAAAGGCUGAGCAGGAGGCUAAAGAAAGAGCCAAAGCUGAGGCGCAAGCCAAGGAGGCUGCAGCAAAGGAGGCGCAAGCCAAGGAGGCGCAAGCCAAGGAGGCGCAAGCCAAGGAGGCGGCCGCUAAAGCCAAAGCUGAAGAAGAGGCAAGGGCCAAGGCAAAGGCUGAACAGGAGGCAAAGGACAAGGCCAAGGCCGAGGCUGCAGCAAAGGAGGCUGCAGCCAAGGAGGCGGCCGCUAAAGCCAAAGCUGAAGAAGAGGCAAGGGCCAAGGCAAAGGCUGAACAGGAGGCAAAGGACAAGGCCAAGGCCGAGGCUGCAGCAAAGGAGGCUGCAGCCAAGGAGGCGGCCGCUAAAGCCAAAGCUGAAGAAGAGGCAAGGGCCAAGGCAAAGGCUGAACAGGAGGCAAAGGACAAGGCCAAGGCCGAGGCUGCAGCAAAGGAGGCUGCAGCCAAGGAGGCGGCCGCUAAAGCCAAAGCUGAAGAAGAGGCAAGGGCCAAGGCAAAGGCUGAACAGGAGGCAAAGGACAAGGCCAAGGCCGAGGCUGCAGCAAAGGAGGCUGCAGCCAAGGAGGUGGCCGCUAAAGCCAAAGCUGAAGAAGAGGCAAGGGCCAAGGCAAAGGCUGAACAGGAGGCAAAGGAAAAGGCUAAGGCCGAGGCUGCAGCAAAGGAGGCCGCCGCUAAAGCCAAAGCUGAGGAGGAGGCAAGGGCCAAGGCAAAGGCUGAACAGGAGGCAAAGGAAAAGGCCAAGGCCGAGGCUGCAGCAAAGGAGGCGCAAGCCAAGGAGGCAGAGGCUAAAGCCAAGGCCCAAGAGGAGGCCAGAGCCAAGGCGAAGGCAGAAGCUCUGGCUAAGGUGCAGGAAGAGGAAAAGGUCAGGUUGAUAGCUCAGCAGCAGACCAAGGUUAGGUUCCAAGCCGAUGCUGCAGCGAAGGCAUUAGCGGACUCCAUUGCCAAGCAGCAAGAGGAGGCCAGGGCUAAGGAGGCCGAGGCCAAGGAAAGGGAAGCGGUGAAAGCGAAGGAAGCAGAAGAAGCGAGGCUGCGGGCGGAAGCGGAGGCACGGGCGCUGGCAGAGUCCCUGAGCAAGGCCCAGGCUGAGGCUAAAGCCGAGGCGGAGGCUGACCAAAAGCUUAACUUCAUCAAGGACCUCAUGGCCCUCAUGGAGGAAAAACAGAUGGAGAUUGAGAGUGCCGACUGGGGGAUAGACCUCUCCUCCGUUGGGGCCAACUUGCAGAGCCACAAGAAUCUCCACCAGGUCCUGGAGGGCCUGAACACCAAAGUUGUGGAGGCCCAGGCUUAUGAGAGUAAAGUUCCAGCAAGCCGUAAGAAGAAUUACACAGACAGUUUGGCAGCGCUAACGGCUACUUAUAAUAAGUCACUUGCCGCGUCAGGGGCUCGCUCCACACGACUGCAAGAGCUGCUCGCCUUCUUGGCUCCGGCUGAGGCCGAGCUGGCGUGGGCCAAGGGCCAGGAGACGGAGCAGCUGGAACGCGACUGGAGCGACAAGAACGCCGACAUGGAGGCUCAGAGGAAGAGCCUUGACGCAUCGCAGAAGAAGCUGAACGAAAAGCAACCCAUUUUUGCGGACAUCAAGAAGCUGGGAGAAAAGCUGUUGUCAGAUAAGCACCCUGCCAAGUCUACUAUUGAGGCUUCCCUCGAGGGAAUCGGCGCCCAGUGGGCCUGGCUGACGCAGCUCGGCGCCUGCGGGGAAACUCACCUGCAAGAGAACGCCGCUUAUUUCCAGUUCUUCCGCGACGUGGACGACACCGGCAAGGAACUGAGCGCCGUGCGGGAUUCGCUGAACCAGGCGUACGCGUGCGAUGCCUCCACCGACGUGCCCCGCCUUGAGAGCCUGCUCCAGCAGACGCACACGGAGCAGCGCUUGGUGCCUCUGAAGGGGAAGGUGCACGAGCUGGUGGGAAGGUCCCAGUCGGUGCUCAAUCUAAAGCCACGAAGGCCCGGCCACACCCUGAAGGACCCUGUCACCGUCACGGCCAUCACAGACUACACACAGCCUGAGGUGACGGUGAAGAAGGAUCAGGAGUACGAGCUGAAGGACAACUCGGACGCGACGCGGUGGCGCGUGGCAAGCGUCGGCAGGAAGGACGCGACCGUGCCCUCCGUGUGCUUCGUGCUGCCUUCGCCGAACCCGGACGCUUUGCAGGCUGCGGAGCGACUAAGACAGCAGCACAAGGAUCUUCUCGCAGCCUGGAACGGCAAGACGGCAGAUCUGCGCAGCUUAUUGGCCUGGCACCACCUGCUGCAGUACACCAAGAUCAUCCGUGCUUGGGACCUCCCCACGCUGAAGAAGCUGGCACUGGGACAGAAGGAGGAGGCGCUGAAGGAGCUGGAGCGCCGUCGGCAGGCCUUCCUGGAGGAGCGCACCACCUCGCAGGCGCCUGGCGAUGCCGAGACGGCGCAGGCCGAGGCGGAGGUGUCUACCUGCAAGCAGCACGUGGCGCAGCUUGAGGCCAGCAUGCACAGCGAGGAGCAGAGCGAGGCAGCGUGCGCUCGCUGCGUGGCGGCGCUGAGAGACCUCCGCGGGCGGCUGGGAGAGAAGGAGGAGCGCGUGGCGGCCGGGUGCCAGGGAGGCCUGCAGGGAGACCACGAGCAGCACAGCGUCGCUCGCGUCGCACAGCACGAGGAUCUGCAGAAGGAGCUGGAGGCGCUGGCCGGGGAGCUGGAGCAGCUGGAGCACGAGGGGGCCGCGCUGCUGGCGCUGAGCCCCGCGCCACCCAGCAGCGGCGCCCUGCGCUCCGAGCUGCCGCUCGCCACCCAGCAGAGGGAGCGCACCUACACCCUGCUGCUGCUGCUCGUCCAACGGUUGCGCGCCAUGGGAGAGGUGGUGAGCUCCAGCCGGGACUCCGAGCGCUGCCUCGGAGCCCUGGAGGUGAAACUGGCCCAGGAGCCCGGGGCUGUGACGGACCCCGACGCCCUCAACGCCUCCGUCAAGAACCUCAAGGCCCUUGCCGCAGACGCGGCGGAGCCGCUGGGGACCGCGAUGGACGCAGCCGGGGCAGCGCUGCAGCGAGCCGAGGGUGCGGACGGCCCCCUGGCGCAGGCCGCAGGGGGCCACGCGGACCCCGACCUCGCCUCCUACAGGGAGCACGACGCUCGGCUCCGAGGCCGGGCCAAGCAGCUGCAGACGGAGCUCGCCGCCAGGCUGGGUGACCUGGAGGCACUGUCCAAGAAAACGGCUAAGUUCCAUGAGAUCCAUCUUUGGCUCGUGCAGCUGCUGGAGCGGAGUGGUGAGAAGCAGAAGGGCCUUCUCGCUGCAGAUAAACCAGACUCUCAGAGCGUCACUCUGCUGCUGGAACAACAAAAGGCGCUGGUUGACGAGCUGGAGAAAGCGCAAAAGAAGGUGAAUGAGUGCAGGAAGAGUGCAGAAGAAUGUGCAUCCCACGUGCAGACAUACGACACGAGAGUGUCGGCGUAUCGGACUUCCAUCGAGAAGCAGCUGAAGACACCGGCGCAGUGGCCGGCCGGCUCAAACGUGGCCGACGAUUUGAACAAAGAGACGUCAGACCUGGUGGGCAGAUACAGCACAAUACUGGGCCAUGCCAAGCAGCAAGUGGGCUCCCUGAGCGAAGACCUCAAGCGCAUUCAAGACGCUGAACAGGCUACAGCACAGCUGAACAGUCAGAGUCAAGAGGAGAAACUUGAAGAGACAUUGAAAAAUGCAAAAGUUCCACAGACUUUCAAAGGCCGCCACUGGACCAUAUGGGAACUCCUACACUCAAAUUACUUCACCGAUGAAGAGAAGAAAAUGUUCCUGGUUGACUUCCAGUCUGGGAAAAGAACAAUGGAUGAGUAUUACAUCUACAUCCUUCAGUUCCUGCAACAAAAGGAGAAGCAGCGUAAGAAAAAAGAGAUUACAUUCAGUGGCCUUCGCCAGGAAGUUACACUUGAAGAGCUCGUAGAAUCUGAAAUCAUCGACGAAAACACAGCCGGGCAGCUCAUAGAAGGGACAAAGUCAGUGACUGAUGUUUCACCGUCCAUUGAAAGAUAUCUAGGGGGUGGAAGAAGCAUCGCAGGACUCUAUGUCGAAGCCACAAAAGAAAAAAUGCCAAUAGAUGCGGCAAUAAAGAAGAACCUGCUCACUUUGGGGACAGGAAUGGUAUUGCUGGAGGCUCAAGCAGCGACGGGUUCUAUGAUUGAUCCACUCAACAAUACGAAGCUGUCUGUAGAUGAAGCUGUCCAGAAGGGUCUUGUGAGUCCAGAAUAUCAAGAGAAACUAAAGUUGGCAGAGCGCGCAGUCACAGGUUACACGGACCCGAUCACGAAAAAAACCAUCUCGUUAUUUGAAGCGAUGGAGAAGGAAAUUAUCUUGAAGCAACAUGGAAUCCGUAUUCUUGAAGCUCAAAUUGCCACGGGAGGAAUAAUUGAUCCCCAGAACAGCCACAGACUUCCUAUUGAGGUCGCCUACAAAAGGGGCCUCUUUGAUAAAAAAUUGCACGCCACUUUAUUGGAUCCGAGUGAUGACACGAAGGGAUUCUUUGAUCCAAACACGAGCAAAAAUCUUACGUACUUGCAGCUCAUGAAAACUUGCAUAACAGAUCCAGACACAGGCCUAUGUCUGCUUCCACUCAAAGUCCAUAAAGUCAAAGAUGUUGGAGACAAGGCCACCCUCGAAGCAGUUGUACAGGGGACCCAGCAGCUCCAGACAGCCACACAUGAAAACAUUAAAGAAACACUAAAGACAACCAAUGUGGAUAUAACAAUAAAAGGCUCACCUGUAAAGAAAAUGACUUUGGAAGAGAUAUUUGCAAGUGACCUGAUCUCAGAUGAAGACAAAGACAGAUUAAUGAAAGAUUUCACAUCGGGUAAGAUCACGAUUCAAGAGUGGAUUCAGCUCAUUAUAAUGUUCAUUAAAAGACGAGAAGACCAGAAGGCUAGAGAAGAGGCAGUCAAGGAGAAAGUUGAAGAUGCCGUUGCACCUGUUCCUGCUAAGAAAUUAGAACAUGCAGUUAUAUCGGAAAAGCAGCUUUCAGAAAACUUCCAGAAAGCAACAGUUGAACUUCCUUUCGGAGGACACGGUGACAAAAAGUUAUCAGUUGCAGAAAUCUUCCAAAGUGGUAUGAUUGAUGAAGACAACAAGAAGAAAUUGGUCGAGGACUAUAAGUUAGGAAAGAUUACAUUCGAACAACUAAUUAUUUACAUCAUUGAGAUAAUACAAUUCAAGAGAAAACCACAAAAAUAUGAAUCGGCUCCAAUUCCAGAGCCUGCAGAGCAACAGAUAGCUGAGAGUCUUAAAACCACAAUUGACAUUCACUUCGGAAGAUUUGCUGGGAAGAAGCCAUCCAUUGAAGACAUAUUCAAAAGUGGAUUGGUCAAUGAAGGACAGAAAAAGCAACUGUUAGAGGACUACAAGCUUGGCAAUAUCACCAUGGAGCAAUUAAUAAUGUACAUUGUGCAAAUAAUUCAGCAAGCUGAGGCGAGUCAACGAAAGCCAGAAAAAGAAACGGACAAAACCAUCCCACAAACUGAGCUGAGGCCAGAUGUACCUACACCAGCGGUUGGGGUUCCGCAAAAGGAGGGUCCGCACAUUUCCUCUGAAGAACUGGCCGUGGAAAAUCUAAAAAAGACAACUUUGGACUUACCAUUUGGAAGUUUAGCUGGCAAAAAGUACACAUUGCAAGAGAUAUUUGACGGGGACCUCAUUGAUAAGCACAAGAAGGACCAGCUGAUGAGAGACUACAAGUCUGGAAAAAUUUCACUGGAGGAGCUAAUGAUAUUUAUCAUUGAAAUAAUUCGUCUGAAAGAAAGGGAAAAGACAAAGAAGUCCAUCACAUUCCAUGGUAUUCGCACUGAUGUGACAGUCGAUGAGCUGGUCAGAUCUGGUUUGCUGAAAGAAGACGUUGCCAAUCAGCUUGCAGAUGGUCUUAUUACACAGGAUGAAGUUCAAAAGCAAGUUGGAGGUUAUCUCGGGGGUAGUAGUGCAAUUGCAGGUCUGUAUAUUGAGGGAACAAAGGAAACCAUUUCUUUGUAUGAUGGCUUCAAGAGAAAUUUGAUAAAAACUGGAACGGGGCUUGUAUUGUUAGAAGCACAAGCAGCUAGUGGAUUUAUCAUAGAUCCAGUGAAGAAUGAGAAAUUGUCUGUUGAAGAAGCUGUUCAGAAAGGAGUCGUGGGUCCAGAAUACAAAGACAAGCUUCUUUCUGCAGAGCGUGCAGUGACAGGAUACAAGGAUAAAUUCUCUGGUGCAACAUUUUCUGUGUUUCAGGCCAUGCAAAAUAAACAGAUUUUAAAACAACAUGGAAUUCGACUCCUUGAAGCUCAGAUUGCUACAGGAGGCAUCAUCGACCCCCAGGCCAGCCAUAGACUUCCCGUGGAAGCGGCGUACAAGAGAGGACUCUUUGAUGAGGAAAUGAACCAGAUAUUAUCUGACCCCAGCGAUGACACCAAAGGCUUUUUUGAUCCCAACACAGAAGAAAAUCUGACGUACAUGGAACAAAUGCAGCGUUGCAUCAUCGACCCAGUCACCGGUCUCACUCUUCUUCCAAUAAAAGAGAAAAAAGGAAAGAAAGCAGAGAAGAAGGUUCCCACCCAGAAAGAAGUUGCCAAGGCCACAGAUGAAGCUAAAAAACUUGCGGCUGCACCAGUCCCCAAAGCUGAAAAACAAGAAGAUGUGGAGGCCCUCAAGAAGACGACAGUUAACAUCCAGCUCGGGAGAUUUGCUGGAAAAAAUCCAUCACUAAAUGAGCUCUUCCAAAGUGGCUUGAUUGCAGAAGAAAAGCGAAACAAAUUGUUGGAGGACUACAAGUCAGGCAGGAUAAGCAAAGACCAACUCAUUCUGUACCUAAUUGAAUUCAUUACUGAAAGUGAACAGCAGAAAUCAAUUGAUGAGCCAGUUCUAAAAGCAGCAGAAAAGGUGGAGAGUGAUCUACCUGAUAGCGAACCACUAAAGCCAACACAGGUCCCUGAAGGAGCUUUGUUAUCAGAUCAGCAAGCAGUUGAAACCUUGAGGAAAACAAACGUUGACUUGCCAUUUGGGAAAUUUGCUGGUAAAAAAUAUACAUUGCAAGACAUUUUUGACAGCGACCUCAUAGACAAAAAGAACAAAGAAUGGUUAUUGAUGGACUUCAAAGCCGGCAAAAUACCCAAAGAACAACUGAUUGUCUUGAUUAUUGAUAUAAUUCAACAGAAAGAAAAGAAGAAGGAUGUUGCCAAGGCCACAGAUGAAGCCCAAAAACUUGCAGCUGCACCAGUCCCCAAAGCUGAAAAGCAAGAAAACGUGGAGGCCCUUAAAAAGACGACAGUUAGCAUCCAGCUCGGGAGAUUUGCUGGUAAAAACCCAUCCCUCGAUGAGCUCUUCCAAAGUGGCUUGAUUGCAGAAGAAAAGAAAAACAAGUUGCUGGAUGAUUACAAAUCGGGCAGGAUAAGCAAAGACCAACUCAUUUUGUACAUAAUUGAAUUCAUUACAACAGCUGAGAGUGAACAGCACAAAACGGAAGAGGCAAGUGAGGAGCCAGUCCUAAAAGCAGCUGAAACGGUACAGAGCGUUCUACCUGAUGGUGUGCCUCUAAAGCCAACAAAAGUUCCGGCAGAAGAACUGCAGGCCAUUGAACGGUUGAAUAAAACAACUGUUGAUUUGCCAUUUGGAAAGUUUGCUGGAAAAAAAUACACAUUACAGGACAUUUUUGACAGUGACCUUGUAGAUGAAGACAAGAAAAAACAGUUGAUGAUAGACUAUAAAACUGGAAAAAUUACCCUUGAACAGCUGAUGUUAUUGAUCAUCGAAAUAAUUCGUCUAAACGAAAGAGAAAAGACAAAGAAGGCCAUCACAUUCCAUGGUAUUCGCACUGAUGUGACAGUCGAUAAUCUGGUCAAAUCAGGAGUGCUCAAGGAAGAUGUUGCCAAUCAGCUUGCAGAUGGUCUCAUUACAAAGGACGACGUUCAAAAGCAAGUCAGAAAGUAUCUUGGUGGCAGUAAUGCCAUUGCGGGUUUAUACAUUGAGAAAACUAAAGAAAAGAUGUCUCUGUACGAUGGCUUAAAGAAAAAGUUGAUCAAACUUGGAACGGGGCUUGUAUUGUUAGAAGCACAAGCAGCUAGUGGCUUCAUCAUAGAUCCGGUGAAAGAUCAGAAAUUGUCCGUUGAAGAAGCUGUUCAGAAAGGAGUUGUGGGUAAAGAGUACCAAGAUAAACUUCUAUCUGCAGAGCGCGCAGUGACAGGAUACAAGGAUCCCUUUUCCAAAGAGACAUUGUCCUUGUUUCAGGCAAUGAAAAAAGAAUUAAUAUUAAAAGCCCACGGAAUUCGACUCCUUGAAGCCCAGAUUGCCACAGGAGGCAUCAUUGACCCCCAGGCCAGCCAUAGACUUCCCGUGGAAGCGGCGUACAAGAGAGGACUCUUUGAUGAGGAAAUGAACCAGAUAUUAUCUGACCCCAGCGAUGACACCAAAGGCUUUUUUGAUCCCAACACAGAAGAAAAUCUGACGUACAUGGAACAAAUGCAGCGUUGCAUCAUCGACCCAGACACCGGUCUCACUCUUCUUCCAAUAAAAGAGAAAAAAGGAAAGAAAGCAGAGAAGAAGGUUCCCACCCAGAAAGAAGUUGCCAAGGCCACAGAUGAAGCUCAAAAACUUGCGGCUGCACCAGUCCCCAAAGCUGAAAAACAAGAAGAUGUGGAGGCCCUCAAGAAGACGACAGUUAACAUCCAGCUCGGGAAAUUUGCUGGAAAAAAUCCAUCACUAAAUGAGCUCUUCCAAAGCGGCUUGAUUGCAGAAGAAAAGCGAAACAAAUUGUUGGAGGACUACAAGUCAGGCAGGAUAAGCAAAGACCAACUCAUUUUGUACAUAAUUGAAUUCAUUACAACCGCUGAGAGUGAACAGCACAAAACGGAAGAGGCAAGUGAGGAGCCAGUCCUAAAAGCAGCUGAAACGGUACAGAGCGUUCUACCUGAUGGUGUGCCUCUAAAGCCAACAAAAGUUCCGGCAGAAGAACUGCAGGCCAUUGAACGGUUGAAGAAAACAACUGUUGAUUUGCCAUUUGGAAAGUUUGCUGGAAAAAAAUACACAUUACAGGACAUUUUUGACAGUGACCUUGUAGAUGAAGACAAGAAAAAACAGUUAAUGAUAGACUAUAAAACUGGAAAAAUUACCCUUGAACAGCUGAUGUUAUUGAUCAUCGAAAUAAUUCGUCUAAACGAAAGAGAAAAGACAAAGAAGGCCAUCACAUUCCAUGGUAUUCGCACUGAUGUGACAGUCGAUAAUCUGGUCAAAUCAGGAGUGCUCAAGGAAGAUGUUGCCAAUCAGCUUGCAGAUGGUCUCAUUACAAAGGACGACGUUCAAAAGCAAGUCAGAAAGUAUCUUGGUGGCAGUAAUGCCAUUGCGGGUUUAUACAUUGAGAAAACUAAAGAAAAGAUGUCUCUGUACGAUGGCAUGAAGAAAAAGUUAAUCAAACUUGGAACGGGGCUUGUAUUGUUAGAAGCACAAGCAGCCAGUGGCUUCAUCAUAGAUCCGGUGAAAGAUCAGAAAUUGUCCGUUGAAGAAGCUGUUCAGAAAGCAGUCGUGGGUAAAGAGUACCAAGAUAAACUUCUAUCUGCAGAGCGCGCAGUGACAGGAUACAAGGAUCCCUUUUCCAAAGAGACAUUGUCCUUGUUUCAGGCGAUGAAAAAAGAAUUAAUAUUAAAAGCCCACGGAAUUCGACUCCUUGAAGCCCAGAUUGCCACAGGAGGCAUCAUCGACCCCCAGGCCAGCCAUAGACUUCCCGUGGAAGCGGCGUACAAGAGAGGACUCUUUGAUGAGGAAAUGAACCAGAUAUUAUCUGACCCCAGCGAUGACACCAAAGGCUUUUUUGAUCCCAACACAGAAGAAAAUCUGACGUACAUGGAACAAAUGCAGCGUUGCAUCAUCGACCCAGACACCGGUCUCACUCUUCUUCCAAUAAAAGAGAAAAAAGGAAAGAAAGCAGAGAAGAAGGUUCCCACCCAGAAAGAAGUUGCCAAGGCCACAGAUGAAGCUCAAAAACUUGCGACUGCACCAGUCCCCAAAGCUGAAAAGCAUGAAGACGUGGAGGCCCUUAAAAAGACGACAGUUAGCAUCCAGCUCGGGAGAUUUGCUGGUAAAAACCCAUCCCUCGAUGAGCUCUUCCAAAGUGGCUUGAUUGCAGAAGAAAAGAAAAACAAGUUGCUGGAAGAUUACAAGUCGGGAAAGAUUAGCAAAGAUCAACUAAUUUUGUACAUAAUUGAAUUCAUUACAACAGCUGAAAGUGAACAGCAGAAGCCAAAACACAAACGUCCUGCUCGGAAUGAAGCUGUUACCGUCGCGGCUCAAGAAAAACAUCCCACAGAAUCCCUGUUGCCAAAUGUCGAAAAUCCAGCGAAACUUGUAAAGACAACAGUUAAUAUUAAUUUUGGAAGGUUUGCUGGCAAAAAUCCUUCACUUGAUGAUAUUUUCCUAAGUGGCUUGAUUGCAGAUGAAAAGAAACAUAAACUUUUGGAGGACUACAAAUUGGGUAAAAUAAGUAAGGAACAACUGAUACUGUAUAUCAUUGAAAUAAUUCAGAAUGCUGAAGAUGUACAAGACAAAGCACUGAAGGCUUCCCAGCAGCCAGUUCUACAGCAAAAAACGACUCCACAAAAAGUGGAGCAUGAAAAACCUGUAACUAUAAUUGCAGAUCAAAGGGUAUUAGAAGACUUAAAAAGCAUGGCUGUUGAACUUCCGUUUGAACAAUUUGCUGGUAAGAAUGCCUCCCUGUUGGACGUGCUAGAUAGUGAUUUGGUAGAGAGUGACAAAAAGCAGCAAUUGAUAGAGGAUUACAAAUUGGGCAAAAUUACCCUGCAAGAGCUUUAUAUUUUAAUCAUAGAAAUUGUGCAGAGGAAGUCAACGCCAGGAAAGAUUAAGGCCAAGACCACUGAGCCUGCCUCUCGACUGAAAUCCCCAAAGCAAGAUCUAUCAAUGAGCUUUGAGAAGACAACAGUUGAACUACCAUUUGGAAUGUUCGCUGGAAAAAAAGCAUCACUCAAAGACAUUUUUGAAAGUGACUUGAUUGAUGCCGACAAGAAAAAUGCAUUGACUGAAGAUUAUAGCUCUGGGAAAAUAACCCUAGAACAGUUGCUGUUCUUUGUGAUUGAGUAUGUGCAAGCUAAAGAGGUAGGCACACAGGAGAUGAAGAAAAAAGGCCUUGAUGUAACCGAAAUUGAUACACCUGUGCAAAAACACACUCCACUUGUCACUAAGACAGUUGUAACAUCCACAAGAAAGGAGGGUGCAUCAGCAGAAACAACGGAACCCUUGAGGCAGACAACAAUCGAUUUGCCUUUUGGAAAAUUUGCUGGGAAAAAUCCCUCACUCCAGGAGAUUUUGGAGAGUGACGUAAUUGAAGAUGACAAGAAGAAACAACUCAUGAAUGACUACACAUCUGGAAAAAUAACCCUUGAACAGCUUCUCUUUUUUAUCAUUGAGAUCAUCCAAGCCAAGGAAGGUGGUAAAGCAGGAGAAAAAGUUUUACUAAAACGUUUGCCUGAGGAAGCGGGCAAACCAGCAUCUUCAUCCGUGACAUCAUUAGUUACCAAAACAGUUGUGACAACAACUAGAAGACAGGAAGGACUAUCUCCAGAACAAGAAGCUUUGGAGAGCCUGGCGAGAACAACAGUGAAAUUGCCAAUUGGGAAGUAUUCUGAUAAAAGUAUGUCACUCCAGGAGAUUUUGGAUGGUGGUGAAAUUGAGGAUGCAAAGAAGAAGGAACUCAUAGACGAUUACAAGAUUGGGAAGAUCACACUGGAGCAGCUGUUGGUCUUAAUCAUUGAAAUUAUCCAGGAAAAAGAACUUGGAGGGACUGGGCACAAAGUGGUUGUGAAGAAAGUCACUGCGGAAAAGCAAACUCCAGAAGAUAAUGGUGAAUCCAGUUCAAGUGCAACUCAAACUGUCAUGAAGAAGAUGGUGGUGACGACAACCAGUAAGGCUGGUUCAUCUCCGGAAGAAGCACUGGAGACCCUUAAGAGAACAACCAUAGAUUUGCCAAUCGGAAAGUUUGCUGGGAAAAAGAUGUCACUUCAGGAGAUCUUAGAUGGUGGAGAGAUUGAUGAGGACAAGAGGAAGGAGCUCAUGGAAGAUUACAAAAAAGGGAAGAUAAAUCUGGAACAGCUGCUUGUUUUCAUCAUUGAGAUUAUUCAGGCCAAAGAAAGUGGCACAGCACAGCCUAAAAUCGUGGUAAAAAAGGUGACAUCAGAACUGUCUGAUUCAGCAGAUGUGGAUGAGCCUACCUCUACAUCAAGAUCAGUGGUCACCAAAACAGUUGUGACAACUAGAAGACAGGAAGGACUAUCUCCAGAACAAGAAGCAUUGGAGAGCCUAUCUAGAACAACGGUGAAAUUGCCAAUUGGGAAGUAUUCUGAUAAAAGUAUGUCACUCCAGGAGAUUUUGGAUGGUGGUGAAAUUGAGGAUGCAAAGAAGAAGGAACUCAUAGACGAUUACAAGAUUGGGAAGAUCACACUGGAGCAGCUGUUGGUCUUAAUUAUUGAAAUUAUCCAGGCAAAAGAACUUGGAGGGACUGGGCACAAAGUGGUUGUGAAGAAAGUCACUGCGGAAAAGCAUUCUCCAGAAGAUAAUGGUGAAUCCAGUUCAAGUGCAACUCAAACUGUCAUGAAGAAGAUGGUGGUGACGACGACCAGUAAGGCUGGUUCAUCUCCGGAAGAAGCACUGGAGACCCUUAAGAGAACAACCAUAGAUUUGCCAAUCGGAAAGUUUGCUGGGAAAAAGAUGUCACUUCAGGAGAUCUUAGAUGGUGGAGAGAUUGAUGAGGACAAGAGGAAGGAGCUCAUGGAAGAUUACAAAAAAGGGAAGAUAAAUCUGGAACAGCUGCUUGUUUUUAUCAUUGAGAUUAUUCAGGCCAAAGAGAGCGGCACAGCACAGCCUAAAAUUGUGGUAAAAAAGGUGACAUCAGAACUGUCUGAUUCAGCAGAUGUGGAUGAGCCUACCUCUACAUCAAGAUCAGUGGUCACCAAAACAGUUGUGACAACUAGAAGACAUGAAGGAUUAUCUCCAGAACAAGAAGCUUUGGAGAGCCUGGCUAGAACAACGGUGAAAUUGCCAAUUGGGAAGUAUUCUGAUAAAAGUAUGUCACUCCAGGAGAUUUUGGAUGGUGGUGAAAUUGAGGAUGCAAAGAAGAAGGAACUCAUAGACGAUUACAAGAUUGGGAAGAUCACACUGGAGCAGCUGUUGGUCUUAAUCAUUGAAAUUAUCCAGGAGAAAGAACUUGGAGGGACUGGGCACAAAGUGGUUGUGAAGAAAGUCACUGCGGAAAAGCAAACUCCAGAAGAUAAUGGUGAAUCCAGUUCGAGUGCCACUCAAACUGUCAUCAAGAAGACGGUGGUGACGACGACCAGUAAGGCUGGUUCAUCUCCUGAGGAAGAUGCAUUAGACACUUUGAAGAGAACAACCAUUGAUUUGCCAAUCGGAAAGUUUGCUGGGAAAAAGAUGUCACUUCAGGAGAUCUUAGAUGGUGGAGAGAUUGAUGAGGACAAGAGGAAGGAGCUCAUGGAAGAUUACAAAAAAGGGAAGAUAAAUCUUGAACAGCUGCUUGUUUUCAUCAUUGAGAUUAUUCAGGCCAAAGAAAGUGGUGCGGCUGGGCCUAAAGUGACAGUGAAGAAAGUAACUAUGGGGUCAACAGGUUCAGCAGAUGUGGAUGAGCCUACCACUGCAUCCAGGACAUCGGUGGUCACCAAAACAGUUGUGACAACUAGAAGACAGGAAGGACUAUCUCCAGAACAAGAAGCUUUGGAGAGCCUGUCUAGAACAACAGUGAAAUUGCCAAUUGGGAAGUAUUCUGAUAAAAGUAUGUCACUCCAGGAGAUUUUGGAUGGUGGUGAAAUUGAGGAUGCAAAAAAGAAGGAACUCAUAGACGAUUACAAGAUUGGGAAGAUCACACUGGAGCAGCUGUUGGUCUUAAUCAUUGAAAUUAUCCAGGCAAAAGAACUUGGAGGGACUGGGCACAAAGUGGUUGUGAAGAAAGUCACUGCGGAAAAGCAUUCUCCAGAAGAUAAUGGUGAAUCCAGUUCAAGUGAGUCACAAACUGUCAUCAAGAAGACGGUGGUGACGACAACCAGAGCAGAUAGUUCAUCCCCAGAAGAUGCAUUAGAGACACUGAAGAGAACAACCAUUGAUUUGCCAAUUGGAAAGUUUGCUGGAAAAAAGAUGUCACUUCAAGAGAUAUUAGAUGGUGGAGAAAUUGACGAUAUGAAAAGGAAGGAACUCAUUGACAACUACAAAUCUGGCAAAAUUACCUUAGAACAGCUGCUUGUUUUGAUGAUUGAGUUUAUUCAAGCUAAAGAAAGCGGCGUGUCUGGGCCUAAAGUAACAGUGAAAAAAGUCACAGCUGAAAAAUCCAGUUCAUCAGAAAUAGUGGACCCUACCUCUCCAUCUCGGGUGACAACAACAACAAGAAAAGAGGGUCUCUCUCCAGAACAAGACGUUUUGGAAAGUCUUUCCAGGACUACCGUUAAGUUACCAGUUGGACGGUUUUCCAAUAAAAGUAUGUCACUCCAGGAUAUUUUAGACAGUGGAGAGAUCGAUGAUGUUAAAAGGCAAGAACUUAUAGAUAAUUACAAAACUGGAAAAAUUACUCUUCAGGAACUUCUGGUUUACAUCAUUGAGAUAAUUCAGGCUAAGGAACUGGGGGAGACUGGGCAUAAAGUUGUGCUUAAGAAGGUAACUGCUGAAAAGUAUACUCCCGAAGAGACUUCCGACCAAAGGUCAACACAAACUGUUGUUAGGAAGACAGUGGUGACAACAACCAGAAAAGAUGAUUCAUCCACAGGGGAAGAUGUUAUGGAGAUGCUGAAGAGAACUACAGUUGAUUUACCUGUCGGAAGAUUUGCUGGGAAAAAGAUGACGAUCAUGGAUAUUUUGGAAAGUGGUUUAUUGGAAACAGAUGAAAAGCAGAAACUCUUGGAUGACUAUAAAUCUGGAAAAAUUGACAUUCAAAACCUACUCAUGGCCAUCUUUGACAUUGUGCAGAAGAAAGAACUGGGGCAAACCGGCCAAAAAAUAUCAUUUAAAACAGUAACCGCUGAAAAACAUGUUUCAGAAACAGCACAAUAUCCACAUUCUGCCAGUGCAGAAGAAAAUAUUGUGCAGAGUCUUCAAAGGACAACAGUAACUUUACCCAUUGGGAAGUUUUCUGGCCAAAAGAUUUCCCUUCUUGAAGUUCUAGACAGUGGGGAAAUUGACGAAGAGAAGAAAAACCAGCUGAUUAACGAUUACAAAUCUGGAAAAAUAAAUCUUGAGCAGCUGUUGCUAAUCAUCAUUGAAAUUAUUCAGACAAAAGAAAGUGAAGGUUCCAAACAUAAGGUUAUGAUCAAGCAAAUGACCCCAGAAUCACUUGCAAUGGGAGAGACAGAAAGUUCAUUAGCUGUGUCAAAACAAACUGUUGUCACGUCAACAGUUGUGCAAACAUCGAGUGUGCAGGGUGCGUCUCCACAGGAGAUUUUUGAACAUCUCAAGAAAACCUCAAUCGAUGUCUCUUUUGGAAGGUUUGCUGGCAAGAAGCCAUCAGUUCAGGACGUUUUGGACAGUGGGUUGAUAGAUCCUGGCAAGAAGCAGCAGCUGAUGAACGAGUUGAGGUCCGGAAAGAUAACAAUUGAGCAACUCCUGAUAAUAAUCAUUGAAAUUAUUCAUAAGAAGGAAGGACAGCAGGUAUCUCGUGAAGAGGUGGCGGUGACGAAAGUGCCAGCAGUUGUGGUCCAAGAAGCUAAGGAGGAGCCCAGUGAUUCCAAGUCUGCCAGAAAAGUUUUAACAGUGGCACAAGUAGAAGCAGACUUAAAGUCAAUUUCAAUUGAGCUACCUUCAAAGACGUUUUCUAACAAAAAGGUAACUGUGCAGGAAUUGUUUGCCAGUGAUGCCAUUGAAGAAAGCAAGAAAAAACAGCUCAUGGAAGAUUACAGAUCAGGCAAAAUCACGCAGCAGCAGCUCAUUAUUUUGAUCAUUGAAAUCAUUACAAGCACAGGAAAGGGAAUUUCAUCGAAGGAGAAGUACGUUUUUUCAGAGGAGCAGGCAACACAAAACUUCAGUAACACUACAGUGGACGUACCAGUGGGGAAGUUUUCUGGUAAAAAGGUUACAAUUCAAGAACUCUUCCAGACCGAUCUCAUUGACAGCGAAAAGAAGAAGCAACUAAUCCAAGAUUACCGAUCGGGCAAAAUAACACUGCAAGUUCUCAUAAUCAUAAUUAUUGAGAUAAUUGAGAGAAGAGAGAAGGAAAUCAAAAAGUCACCAAUCACGUUUAAAGGAUUCAGGCGGCAAGUGACCAUAAGCGAGUUGAUGGACUCCGGACUAAUAAACGAGACGACCGCGAGCAAACUCAACGAUGGCUCUGUGAGCGUGAAUGAAGUAAGUGAAUCGCUUAAAGUGUUCCUGGAGGGCACAAGCAGCAUCGCCGGCGUAUUUGUGGACCGUACCAAGGAGAUACUUUCCAUAUAUGCGGCCAUGAAACGAGGGCUUAUCAGACCUGGCACUGCUUUUGAGCUGCUUGAGGCACAGGCAGCCACGGGAUACAUCAUUGAUCCAGUCAAAAAACAAAAACUACUGGUUGAGGAAGCUAUCAAAUUGGGAGUUGUUGGAGAAGAAUUCAAGGACAAACUUCUCUCUGCCGAGCGUGCAGUCACGGGAUACAAGGAUCCAUACACAGAUCAGAAAAUAUCAAUAUUCCAAGCCAUUAAAAAGCAGAUGAUUGUGAAAAAUCAUGGAAUCCGCCUACUGGAAGCGCAGAUUGCCACGGGAGGAAUCAUUGAUCCGCAUGCGAGUCACAGAAUCCCUGUGGAGCUAGCGUACAAACGAGGCCUGUUCGAUGAAGAAAUGAAUCAAAUCUUGCUCGAUCCAAGUGAUGACACCAAGGGCUUCUUUGACCCCAACACUGAGGAGAAUCUGACGUACAUGGAACUUCUACAACGCUGCUCUAAAGAUUCUUCUGGCCUCUAUCUCCUGAUGCUGAAAGACAAAAAGCCUGAACGCAAGAUGUCGUCCAAGUCGUCCGUACGCAAACGGAAAAUCAUAGUUGUCGACCCAGACACCGGCAAGGAAAUGACAGUGUACGAAGCCUACAUGAAGGGUCUCAUAGACCAGCCUACAUACCUACAGCUAUCGGCUCAAGAAAGCGAGUGGGAAGAGAUCACCAUCACAUCUUCAGAUGGCGUCACUACAUCGCUUCUGGUGGACAGAAAGUCGGGAAGACAGUUCAGUAUCGACGAGUCACUGGCUGAAGGUGUCAUUAACGAACAGACUGUUCAGCUCUACAGAUCAGGAAAAAUGACAAUAUUUGAGCUCGGGGACCAGUUGUCCGGCACGUCAAGUGGCUCCCGUUCACGCUCCUCCUCCUUUGGAGCAUCCUCGGUUCCUGCAAGCCCUCAGGCAGGCUCAAAAGCACCAUCGGUUCCCUGGAGUGACCCCACAGAGGAGACGGUGCCAAUUGGAGGCAUUUUGGAUCUUCAGAAGUUCGAGAAAAUCUCCAUCACUGAAGCCAUUCGCCGCAACCUUGUAGACACCAUCACGGGACAGAGGCUGUUAGAAGCCCAGGCUUGUACGGGUGGGAUCAUCAACCCAGCCACAGGAGGACGGUGCAGCAUCCCGGAAGCUGUAACCCAGGGACUCUUAGAUAAGUACAUGGCUGAUAAGCUGAAUCAAGCCAACAAAGCCUAUAAUGGAUUUGAAGACCUGAGGACCAAGACUAUAUUCCACACCGGCCAAGCCAUGAAGAAAGGCCUCCUGUUCCAGGAAGCAGGAACGCGCAUCUUUGAAGUGCAAUACCUCACCGGCGGCAUCAUCGAUUCGGGGAAACCCGAGCGGAUUCAGCUCGACGAAGCGGUCGAGAAGGGCAUCGUGGACAACUACACCGCCAAGAAGAUCCGCGACGUCAAUUCACACCUCAAAUACCUGGUGUGCCCCAAGACCAAGGCGCGGAUCACGUUCAAAGAUGCCCUGGACCGCUCCAUGACAGACGAGGAGACGGGCGUACGAUUGCUGGAGGCGUCGGGGCUGACGAGCCGUUACAGCGCCAGCACGCCGAGCUCCGGCUUCGGGUCGCGCUCGGGGUCGCGUCCGGGGUCGCGCCGGGGAAGCUUUGACGCCACGGGGACCGGGACGUCGUCCACCUUCCUCUCGCCGUCUUCGUACACCUCCACGAGCUUUAGCCGCCGCUAAGGCCUGACGUCGUCCCGUUUUCGAUUAGUUUUUUCUUUUUUUAAAGGUCCAAGAUGGGGAGUUUAUUCGAGAAAAUGUGGUUAAAGUGGUCAUGGGAGAUGCGAUAUAACUAAUGUGGCUUGUUGUUUUACGCUUACAUUAGCACUGAAUGUCCACGGGUUUGAAACUCUGCUUUGUUAGCUUGCACACCAAAUCGUGUACUUUCGAGUACGGUUGGCCUUUUAAUUUUUUUAAAUUUAAAUUUCAUUUUUAACAAGGUUGAAAUUUUACUCCAUAGAGUAAUCCAAAUAUCAAUGUUGUGGGCAAUUUUUUGAGCAUGUUGCUUCCAGUUAUUUUUUGGAUUACCCUGUUAACUAUUUUCUCUGUUCCAACUUUGUUGUUAUCCAGGCCAGACUACAAAUUUAUAAGUGCUCACACUUUUUUUGGUUUGUUACGUAAGCAAAUAUCACCACUACAAACAGCUGCUUAGGCGAAAUGAGAUUGUAGGUUAUCAUUUUUAUGACUCUAUAUUUACAGAAAUGUGUUGUUGCUUUAGGAGUUGCAUGCUUUUCAGAACCACGAAUAAAUGGUCACUUUCAAUUUAAACGCGAAAUACGGAAACCUUGCGCGAUUUAAAUAACAUCACCUGUGGGCCAUAUGCAUGUAUCCUGGAUUAUGUUUUCUUUCACAAAGUUGGGGGUUUUGUUUUGUAAGUUUUCUUAUGCAUGUUAGAUUAAACGAUGGCAGUCUUUUGAGUAUUUCUGCACAGUGGAAUAGUUAUAGUAUUACAGCAUUGCACACAAAAUUGCUUUUGUAAACUUCCGUGCCUGCAUCUCCUUAACACGUUUAAUUUUGGCUCCUUGGCUAACUUAGUAGUCAUUCGCCAUUAGAAUGUAUUUUUAACAAACUAUAUAUACACUUCAACAGUUACCAAGGCUUGUUGCUGCAUGCAUUACGAAGGCUUGGGCAGUUGUGUUGUUGCUGUAUUUAAACAAAUUAGCCUUGAAGAUCUGACACUGAAUUGUUUAAAACAAAUAGCUGCUGAAAUGUAUUAGAUGUAACAAAAACGGUUUAAAACAGUUGAGAGAUUAGUGGACUAAACCAAAGAAGAGAGUGUUUAGAUUUGUGAGCAUCGGUACAUUGCAAAAGUGCUGUUAUAAGUUUAUAGCGAUUUUAACCUGAAAAUGCUCAUGCUAUGUAGUGUUAAUAAAAUGGAAAGGGUUGUAAA